UAAUGUCACUCAGAUGUCAGUGAUUCUGAUUUCCUUCUGUCUGUGCAUUUUCUAGAUUAUUUUCAAGUUUACGUAGAUUUCUAUUUAAAGUUGACAUAAUACAAUUGUGUACAUUACGUUCUUGAGAUUAAUUUUCGUUUUCCGAAGAUUCAGCUGGUUGAGAUAUGAUAGUGAUUGUAACUUUUUGCGCGACGACUUGGCUUUGUUAAUCUUCUAGUGGUGUCGGAGGGAUAUUGCCUUGGUGGAGAACCUUGGUGGUCACAAAUCUACAAAAAAGACAAUUUUGCAAAAUGUGUGGAGGUUUCACCUGCUCCAAAAACGCUUUAAUAGCGUUAAACAUCCUUUAUGUGGUGGUGGCGUCAAUCCUCAUUUCGGUGGCGGUGUACGGGCAAGCUUCGUCCGUGGUGGUCCCCAACCUGCCCAUAGUUGGUGGCAUCCUCGCCUGCGGAGUGUUCCUCAUUCUGGUCUCUCUGCUAGGCUUAGCUGGAGCUGUCAAACAUCACCAAGUCAUGUUGUUCUUUUACAUGGUGAUCUUGUUCCUGCUAUUCUUGGUUCAAUUCUCAGUGGCGUGUGCAUGCUUGGCUGUCAACUCAGAACAACAGGAGAUGCUGGCUCAACAGGGUUGGAACAAAGUAGAUCAAGAUGUGAAGAGUCAGGUGCAGGAGCGCUUCCAAUGCUGUGCGUUCAGGUCCCGCCUACCAGUCAAUGGCACUGUUGACUACCCCUCAUGUGAUGUUGUGGAUAAAAUUUGCUGUGGGAGUGAUGUAGUAACGCCGGCGUGUAGCUGUGAGCCUUGCAUGGCCAAACUGAAGGAGACCAUUGAUUAUGCAUUCAAACUGUGCGGUGGCAUCGGCCUGUUCUUCAGUUUCACCGAGCUAUUUGCCGUUUGGCUCGCCCGACGUUACCGCAACCAACCUGACCCCAACUAUAAGGAGCCCCACGCCAUCUUCCCCAGAAAGAACUACUUAUAUUAAGAUAUAGUUAUUUAAUGGUGGUAUCUUAGCAUAAUAGCUCUUUGCUGUUCUAUUGAAAGUUGCGCACAUAACAUAUAAACAUAAGCUCACGAGUAUAGCCUGGCAGAGGUACAAACAUCGCAAGAUGAACUAAGUACCCACACCUCACCGAGUUUUUUGUUAGACCAACGUGAUAGGUGGUGAGCCGUGUCGCCAUCUAUAAUCGUCAAGAUAGGUGUUAGUGAAAACUGCACUUAAGAUAAAUUAAGCCGUUGGUCCCGGUCACUACUCACUGAUGCAAGUUAAUAGUCGUUACAUGAGCCAUGUCAGGGGCGUCUGGCGGUUCAAUAGUAACCCUUACACCAGGGUUGAUGGGGUUGGUAAUCCACCUCACAACCCACACGAUAGAAGAAGAAGAAUAACUCAUUGGUGCAAGUCCGGUACCUUGGAUCGAACCGGCGCUCCCCGAUUGAGAUUAAUUAGUUCCGUACCAAAAUGGUAAAAAAAUCGACCGGCCAAAAGAUUCA